CUCAAAUCUAAUAAGCAUCUGAGGAACAAAAAAAUGAUGAUCAUCACGAGAACAUCUGUCUUUGCUUUCCUACAAUUGCUAAUGAUUGAAUCAGCAGUAGGCCAGGCACUGGUGAAGCCUGGUUGUAAAGAGCAUUGUGGGAAUGUCAGCAUUCCAUACCCCUUUGGAAUCAGAGCAGAUUGCUACAUGCACAAAGGGUUUGAGGUCUCCUUCAGCGGCACUUCCAACCCCCCUACAAAUUUACUAACCAGCAUAGAGACUGAGAUGCUGUAUUUCUCUCUUGAUCACAGCAUAUUUAAUGUCAAAAUACCAAUCAUCUCCCAGCAGUGUUCUGUAAGUUUGAAUUUUUUGGAUUUCUCGGGAAGUCCUUUCAUGUCCUACAAAAGGAGAAUGUUGUUGCUCCCUGAGGGAUGUGCUCCAGCUGUGUUCGACUGGGUGAUUACUGAUGGGGAUGCAUCACAAUUACCAUAUAGAUAUGAUCAUGCAUUUAAUUGUUCCCAGUUUAAUGACCGGGUGAACAUUCCACCCCCUCAAAUGAGGCGCGCGACCAUUAGGUCGCAGUUUGGUGGAGUUCACGACAGUGGUGGAGCUCGAAGCUCCGACCACCAUCUCACCCAAGCACUAAAGCUUGGGGGCAAACCAUUGGGCCAUAAGGCCCAGUUCAACAACUUUAAUUUAUUGAUAAGCCUCUUGAGUGCAAGAAAACAUUAUCUGCUCCCUUAGACAAAGUCAAGCCUUUCAUCUCAGCCACCAUACCAGAAUAUCUAGUUGGUAUCUGCCAUCCAGAUUGUCUCCACUGAGAACUUUUGUUUCAUGCUGCCCACAGUGAACUCAGCUAUUUUUUGUAGCCUUUCAGAAAUUCUGUCUUCUGGUAGAACAGUCAUAACAAAGGGAGGUUUGUUUG